GAGUGAAAAAAAAACAACAAAAACACAGAGGAAGCAGUGCGGCGGUCGCCGGCGAGGACGUGCUCGUCGAAAUAAACUCCUUCAACCUAAUCUUCUCAAGUUGUUUCGUUAAAAGAGUGAAACUUGCAGAGGUAUCAAUGGAAAGCGAUAAAGAGGAGCCAGUGGUGUUCUUGGACCGUACAACCCGAGCAACACGGGGUAAACGGAUGACCAAGUUGCUUGAUGACGAAGUAGAAGAAGAUGAGCAGUUUUGGAAUCAAGAAGCACUUAAAGAGGAAGAACAUGAUGAUGAGUAUGAAGCAGAAGGUGAAGUUGCUGAUGAAUUUGACAGCGACUUCAAUGACGAUGAGCCCGAGCCUGAAGCAGUAGCAGUAAAUGAAAAAGAAUUGAGGGAUCUGCCAAAGAAGCGGCUAAUUUACCCUGGGAAAACUGCUCCGAAGAAAAAGAAGAAGAAGACAAAGGUAAUUUCGAAACUAGAAGAUAUUCCUGGAGAUGAGAAGCCAGGUGAAGAACUGGGAAACAAGGAACAAGACGAAAAUGAAGAGAAUGAAGCACAAGAAGAUAUGGAAGGUGAGAAGGUCAUUAGGAAAUCAACACGGACUUCAGUGGUUGUACGGCAAGCAGAAAGAGAUGCAUUGCGUGCUGCUAUACAAGCAACAGCAAAGCCAAUACAAAGAAAAAAAGUAGGGGAGGAAAAACGGAUGACCCAAGAAGAAAUGCUGCUGGAAGCUGCUCAAACAGAAAUCAUGAACUUGAGGAAUUUAGAACGUGUCUUGGCAAGGGAAGAAGAAGUGAAAAAGAAAGCGAUUGUGCAUAAAGCAGUCUACAAGGGUCCUCAGAUUCGGUAUCUUUCAAAGGAUGGAUGCAACUAUUUAGAAUUCUGUAAUGGUGCGUCGUUCAGUUCAGAGUUGUCGACGAAGUGUGUUCCCUACCCAGAAAAAGCUGUAUGUGUGAUUACGGGAUUACCUGCCAAGUACCGGGAUCCGAAAACUGGACUUCCGUAUGCAACUAGAGACGCUUUCAAAGCAAUACGUGAAAGGUUCAUGGAUGAACAUGAUGGUUUGAGAAAGAAAAUGGAGAUGGGAGAUUUGUUUGAUACACUUGUGGCGAAAGGUUUUACAACAAAACAAAAGAGAACAAAGAUCCCGAAGCUAAACAAAUCAUUUACUCUCAGAAACUCUGCUCGCUUCCUUACUUUCGAGUCUGAAGAAGAAAGUGAAGAUUCAGAUUAACAAUAACCACCUCUUCCUGGUUUGAAUCCGCAGCUCACAUGAUUGGAACUUCCCACAACCAGUGUGUGUAUAAAAUCAUCGAAUGGUUUUGGUUCUCAGAGAUUAGAAGCGAGAUGAACAUUCAUGGAGGAUGCUUUCUUGAUCAGAGCUUGAAUUGGAAACAACACUGUAGUAACCCAACCAGAACCUAACGACAUCAUUACAGAAUCAGAGAGAAAGUGUAGUUUUUCCAUAUUUUGUUGACCUUGUAAAUCCAUGUAAUUCUAUCGCCUUACCUGAACUUAUUGUUGUGACACGAAAUAUGAUGUUUUUGGUUCAGGUAAUAUUAAUUUCACAUUAAAC